AUGGCUUGGACUGACUUAUCAAUAUGCCUGGAAGGUCCUGUGGUUGACGAUAUACGAGCCCAUUUUGUUCAGCGCUGGAACUUCGAAUACGAUCUUCAAUACGCCCCAGCUAUCAACGAUAGAAUUGAACGCCUGAAACUGAGCGACUCAGACGACAGAUAUCACAAUAAUGGUACGAACAUGCAUGCAUUUGCCAAUUUCCUGGAACCGUCUCACACGAAAAGAGCUAGUGGGGAGGAUCGUGGUCUCUCUGUACAACUCGUUCGCAGUGUUGGUCGCUGGAGUCAUGGUACGCCAACUGAGCAUUCUAUUGCCAAUGCAUACGUAUCAGUCAUCGCGAAAAGCGAACACUUCAUCUACAUCGAGAACCAAUACUUCAUUACAGGCACGAGCGACGACCAGACGUUCGUGCUCAACAAAAUUGGUGCCGCAAUAGUCGAAAGAGUUAUUCGAGCAGCAAAAUCGGGCGAACGAUACCGAAUUAUUGUGGUCAUGCCAGCAGUGCCAGCAUUUGCGGGUGAUGUGCAAUACGAUUCGAGUCCUGGCACACUCGCAAUAAUGGGACUCCAGUAUAAGUCGAUAUCCAGAGGCAAGCACAGUAUCAUGCAAAGAAUUAGGGACGCUGGCGUCGACCCUGACGACUAUAUAUCGUUCUAUAACCUCCGCAGCUAUGAUAGGAUUGAUACCAGUGCUAACGUGGAGAAUCAAAGCGGAGUCAGCUAUGAGUCCGCUAGGAAGGAGCAUGAUGAUGUGGUCGGUGCUGGCUAUAAUGGUCGUGGGGAGGACACCAGUGGUAACAGCCUUCCGAACUCGCAAUACAAUCGAUACCAGCAAGCCGCUCGUUCUGAGCAGUGCAAAGACAACAAUGCUGACUCUUCAGGCAUGCAAAGAAGAUCAGAUUCCACCAUUGUUCCACAGGCUAGCCACCACUAUGAAGAGAUCGAUGCCAUUGUCUCUGAAGAAGUCUACGUCCACAGCAAGUUCCUCAUUGCUGAUGAUCGCGUCGUCAUCGUCGGGUCUGCAAACCUCAACGACCGCUCACAGCUCGGAUAUCGCGACUCUGAGAUUGCCGUCGUAAUUGAAGACACCGCUGUCGUGGACAGCCACAUGAACGGUGAACCGUUUCCUGCUGCACGGUUCGCUGCUGGUCUUAGAAGGCAGCUGUUUAGAAGAUAUGUUGGGUUGCUGCCCAGGCAGGCUGCUAAUCAGUCUCACAAUAACUUUCCACCUCUGAGCGCAACUGGGAACGAUUACGAUUGGGGCUCGGAAGGCGACCGCCUUGUUCAAGAUCCGCUGUCUGAGUCAUUUGACAUGUUAUGGAAGAACACAGCUCGCAUGAAUACUAAGGCAUUCGACAAGGUGUUCAGACCACUUCCAAGCGAUUCUGUACGGAAUUGGGACGAUUAUGAAGAGUACUACGGACAGUACUUUGCAAGUCCCAGUGUAUCAGGCGCAGAGGAUCUAGGCACCAACCUAAAGCCAAAAUUCCAGUACGGCCAUGUCUUCAAGCACAACUUUCCUGGUGGAAUUCGGGAUGUGAGGCUGGAGCUGGAAAAGAUCAAGGGAACCUUAGUAGAAAUGCCACUAGAUUUCCUCGUCGAGAUCGAGGAUCUGGAGAAAGAAGGCUUUAGUGAGGAUUUCAGACCCGAGGUUUAUGCCUGA